AUGGUCCUCCAUGUCGUAUCCCUCUAUAGUAACUCCCAUUUCAUGGCAGAAGUCCUUAAGAUCACUCCGGCAUUGUUAUGCUAUCAAAACAAGAAAAAUGAAACCGCUCUUCACAUAGCAGCUAACGAAGGGCACACUGAAGUAAUACAUGUGCUACUUGUACGUAUAGAAGAUCAUAAUACUAAGGAGAAACUCACGAGGAUGAUAGGUGCUAGUGGAGAUACAGCCCUGCACAAGGCCGUGCGGAGCCAACAUCUAGAUGUGGUUAAGAUCUUGGUGAAAGAAGAUCCUGAAUUCGAAUUUCCGCCUAACCAUGCAGAGGAGACGCCACUAUAUUUGGCGGCUGAAUCUGGUUUUCAUGAUGCUUUGAUUAACAUCUUGGAAUCCUGCAAGAAACCAAUUUAUGCUGCAGAUUGCAUUAGAUCACUAUGGCAUUGGAAUAAGCCUUUAUGCGAGGAACUUGAUUUAUGGGGUUGGAAUUCACUGCACUAUGCUGUUAAAUUAGGAUUGGAAGACGUAGUUUUUGAUAUGCUGGGGUGGAAAAAAUCCUUAGUGUACCUUCCGACAGGUAGUGAAAAUGACUGGACGACAAUAAUUCACAUUACAGCCAGUGAAGAUGAUGUAAACAUCAUAAAUAAGUUGUUAGAUCACUGCCCCAAUUGUUGGGAUAUGCUUAACAGAAACAAUCAAAAUGCUCUUCAUGUUGCCGUACUGAACAAUCAAGACAAGGUAGUCCGCUUCUUAUUAGACUCCAAUAAGUACGACAACCUUGUUGAUGAGCCAGAUAGUGACGGAAAAUCUCCUCUACAUUUGGUUGUUGUCUCUGGUAACCAUGUGCCUAAAUUAAUAAACCAUCCUAGAGCAAAGCCGAUGUCAUUUAUCAAACAAAACCAGACCCCACUUGAUACAACAUUGUUAUGCACAGUGACAACAAAGAAGGAGAAAUUGGUGGAGGAUUUGUGUAGCAUUGGCCGAUUUGGAAAACGUGACUUUAAGGUAAAGCGGAAGUACGAGUACAUGCACAAUCCAAAUAAUGAAAUGGGAACAAGAGUCAAAAUGCAACUGAGGGAAGUUGAUCACGAUAAAGCUAAAAAGGCAGAUCAAACAGAAGUCGAAAGUAUUAUGAAGGCAACUCAAAUUCAUAUUGUUGUGGCCACUUUGAUAAUGACAGUUACUUUUGCCGCUGGUAUCACAUUGCCAGAAGGUUUUGAGAGAGACUCCGAUAGUCCUAAUCAAGGGAUGGCGAUUCUAAUAAGGAAAAUAACAUUUUGUGUAUUUGUUGUUUCCGAUGCCAUUGCCUUCACAUUCUGA